CUCUUCCAUCUGCUCGGCUUCAGGCGGAGCUGGAAGGCACAGCCGGGACACAAUGUGGAGAACACUACUCAUACAACUCUCUAUCGGCCUGCUGUUUUGUGUAUCUAAGUGCCAUUCCCAAGGAUGCGAGCUGGGCCAGUACCGCUGCGGGACGGGGCGCUGCAUCCCGGGCGACUGGCACUGCGACGGGACGUCGGACUGCGUGGACGACUCGGACGAGCAGGACUGCCCUCAGGUGACCUGCGCCCAGAGCCACUUCAAGUGUCUGAGCGACGGCGAGUGCGUCCCGGACGUGUGGGUGUGUGACGACGAGGAGGACUGCGAGGACGGCUCGGACGAGCGACAACACUGCCCCGAGCGGACGUGCACCAGUGGACAGUUUAGGUGCGGCAACGGAGCGUGUGUCCCCAAUGAAUACCGCUGCGACUUGCUGCCGGACUGCUCAGACGGAUCGGACGAAAGAGGAUGCCAUUACCCGCAGUGCACGGAGCUGAGGUGCGCUAACGGAGCGUGCUACAACCGCACCCAGCGCUGUAACCAGGUGGCCGACUGCCGGGACGGCUCUGACGAGGCCAAUUGCACGCAGCACUGCAGCACCGGACAGUUUGCCUGUCGCAACGAAGAGUGCGUGCCGCAGAGAUACGUCUGCGACCACGACGACGACUGUGGGGACAGGAGUGACGAGCAGAACUGCACGUACCCCACCUGCAGAGGGAGCUACUUCAGCUGCCCCAGCGGCCGCUGUAUCCACCAGGUGUGGCUAUGUGACGGGGAGGACGACUGCGAAGACAACGCCGACGAGAGAGGCUGUGACAACGUGCCCCAGGAGUGCUACCCCGGGGAGUGGGCCUGUCCCUCGUCAGGCCAAUGCAUCCCCACGGACCAGCUGUGUGAUGGCUCCGCCCACUGCCCCUACGGAGAGGACGAGACCAACACCACCGCCGGACGAAACUGCAGUAUCUGGAGGUGUGCGUCUCUCAGCUGUGAGUACCGCUGCCAUGCGUCUCCUGAGGGCGGGGUCUGCUCCUGUCCGUCAGGCUACGUCGUCAACGGCAACGACAGCCGCUCCUGCGUGGACUUCGAUGACUGCUCCAUGUGGGGGAUGUGUGACCAGCUGUGUGAGGACCGCGUGGGCAGCCAACGCUGCAGCUGUCGGGCCGACUACGUCCUGGAGCAGCACCGAUACUGCAGAGCCAACGUCUCCUCCGGAGUCCCCUCUCUGGUCUUCUCCGACGGCCGAGACCUGCUCAUAGGAGACCUCCACGGGAACAACCUGCGCACGCUGAUCCACUCCCAGAACCGAGGCGCGGCCGUGGGGGUGGACUACCACUACCUCCUGCGCCGGAUCUUCUGGACCGACACCAUCCAGAACAAGGUGUUCUCGGUGGACCUGGACGGCUCCAACUUCGAGGUGGUCCUGAACGUGUCGGUGGACAACCCGGAGGACCUGGCGGUGGACUGGGUGAACAACAAGCUCUACGUGGUCGAGUCCAGCGUCAGCCGCAUCGACGUGGCCGACUUCGACGGCCAGAACCGGCUCACGCUGAUCACGGAGAACCUGGGCAAACCCCGGGGGAUCGCCCUGGACCCCACCGUUGGCUUCAUGUUCUUCUCGGACUGGGAGGCGGUGAACGGGGAGCCGGGUCUGGAGCGCGCCUACAUGGACGGCAGCAACCGCUACGGGAUCAUCCGCAGCAAACUGGGCUGGCCGGCUGGGAUUACCGUGGACAUCCCUGCCCAGCGCGUCUACUGGGUGGACAGCCUAUACGACUACCUGGAAACCGCCACCUAUGACGGGCUCCAUCGUAAAACAGUGGUUCAUGGAGGAUCUCUCAUCCCGCAUCCCUUUGGCCUCUCUCUGUUCGAACACAACGUUUAUUACACGGACUGGACCAAGAUGGCCGUGAUGAAAGUCAACAAAUUCAAUGACAGAAAUCCUCAAGUUGUCUACACCACAUCUCAGAUCCCGCACGGAUUAGCAGUCAUUCACAGCCUGAAUCAGCCCUAUGUAUCGAAUCCCUGCGGUUUGGGCCGAGGAGGAUGUGAGCAGAUCUGCGUCCUGAGCCACAGGAGUGACAACGGGGGACUCGGCUACCGCUGCAAAUGUCGCAUGGGCUUCGACCUGCACGCCGACGGGAAGAGAUGCGUCGGUGUGCGUCAGUUCCUGCUGUUCUCCAGCCAGCUGUCCGUCCGGGGCAUCCCCUUCAACCUGUCCACCCAGGAGGACAUCAUCCUGCCCAUCACCGGCCCCCCGUCCUACUUCGUGGGGGUGGACUACAGCUCCGCCGACGACGCCAUCUUCUUCUCGGACACGUCCAAGGACAUCAUCUACAAGCAGAACGUGGACGGCACUGGCCGGGAGGUACUGGCAGCCAAUCGGGUGGAAGGAGUGGAGGACCUGGCCUACGAUUGGAUCUCUAAGAACCUGUACUGGACGGACCCGCGCUACAGGAGCAUAUCGGUGAUGAGGCUCGCCGACAAGUCCAGGAGGGCCAUCGUACGCAACCUGAACAACCCCAGGUCCAUCGUGGUGCAUCCCGUCCUGGGGUAUAUUUUCUGGACAGACUGGUAUCGUCCGGCUAAGAUUAUGAGGGCAUGGUGUGAUGGAUCACAUGCUCUCUCCAUUGUCAACACCACCCUGGGCUGGCCCAACGGACUGGCCAUCGACUGGAGUGCCAAUCGUCUCUACUGGGUCGAUGCCUUCUUCGACAAAAUCGAGCACAGCGGCUUCGACGGGCAGAGCCGUCAGUCUCUGGGCCGCAUCGCCCAGAUGUCCCACCCCUUCGGCCUCACCAUCUUCCAAGACUAUGCAUACUUCACCGACUGGCGCCUGGGCGGCAUCGUGAGGGUGCGGAAGUCGGACGGCGGGGAGCUGGUGGUGAUCCGCAGGGGCAUCAGCCACAUCAUGCACGUCAAGUCCUUCAACUCCCUCACGCAGACCGGUUCCAACCUCUGCGACCGGGCGACCAACCCCAACGGGGACUGCAGCCACUUCUGCUUCCCGGCGCCGGACUCGGGCCGCGUGUGUGGCUGUCCCUACGGCAUGAGGCUGGCGCCCGACCAGCAGGCCUGCCUGGAGGACCCCUCCAACGAGCCCCCCGCGCUGCAGUGCGGCGCCAACGCCUUCUCCUGCCUCAACGGCAGAUGCGUGCCCAGCGGUUACCGGUGCGACGGCGUGGACGACUGCCACGACGACAGCGACGAGUCCGGCUGCGGCCUGCAGAACACCACCUGCUCCCCGUCCGCCUUCACCUGCGCCAGCCGGCAGUGCGUCCCGGCGCGCUGGCGCUGCGACGGCCACAGCGACUGCUUCGACGGCAGCGACGAGCGGGGCUGCCCCACCCAGACGCCCGGCACCUGCCCCGCGGGGCACUUCACCUGCGGGAACCACCGCUGCGUGCCGCUCACCUGGCGCUGCGACACGGACAACGACUGCGGCGACGGCUCGGACGAGGCCGGCUGCAACCUGUCGACCACGUGCCACCCCGAGCAGUUCCAGUGUCCGGACCACCGGUGCAUCGCCCCCCUCUACGUCUGCGACGGGGACAGGGACUGCGUGGACGGGGCCGACGAAAAGAACUGUCUCUACAACUGCACGGCUGGCGAGUUCAAGUGUGCCAACGGCCACCAGUGCGUCAACUCGUUCUACCGCUGCGACGGGGUCUCCGACUGCAACGACCGCUCCGACGAGGCCGGCUGUCCCACGCGGCCUCCCGGCAUGUGCCACCACGAGACGGAGUUCCAGUGCCAGGCGGAUGGGGGCUGCGUGCCGGCCACCUGGGAGUGCGACGGCCACCCCGACUGCGAGGACGGCUCUGACGAGCACCACGCCUGCCCGCCGCGCACCUGCCCCGCCGCCCUCCACCGCUGCGACAACGGCAACUGCGUGCUCCUCAGCUGGCUCUGCGACGGCGACAACGACUGCCGGGACAUGAGCGACGAGCGCGACUGCCCCACGCCGGCCUUCCGCUGCCCCGGCUGGCAGUGGCAGUGCCCGGGGCACAGCGUGUGCGUCAACCUGACCCGGGUCUGCGACAACACGCCCGACUGCCCCAACGGCGCGGACGAGUCGCCCCUCUGCAACGAGCCUUUACCAGACCAGGAGAGCUGCUCGGACAACAACGCCGGCUGCACCCACGGGUGUAUCCAGGGACCUUUCGGGGCCCAGUGCACCUGCCCCCUGGGCUACCAGCUGAGCAACGACUCCAAGACGUGCGAGGACCUGGACGAGUGCGACCCGCCCGGCCUGUGCAGCCAGAGCUGCUUCAACGAGAGAGGCUCGUUCCGCUGCAGCUGUUUGGACGGCUACACCCUGGAGGGGGACCAGCGCACCUGCAAGGCCUCAGACUCCCGCCAGGCCUUCCUGCUGGUGGCCAGCCGCAACCAGAUCGUCCAGGACGACAUCAGCAGCCAGCCCAACGUCAUCGCCUCGCUGGUCCGGGACGGGCGCAACAUCGUGGCGCUGGACUGGGACUCGGUCAGCGACCGCGUGUUCUGGUCCGACACGAGCCAGGACCGGAUCUGGAGCGCCAACCGGAACGGCAGCGACAGGACCGUGAUAUUUGACAGCGGGGUGACGGUGACAGAGAGCCUGGCUGUUGACUGGGUGGGCCGCAACCUGUACUGGACCGACUACGUGCUGGAGACCGUCGAGGUGUCCAAGCUGGACGGGACCCACCGCGCAGUGCUGGUCAGCCAGAACGUCACCAACCCCCGAGGCCUGGUGCUGGACCCCAGAGAAAGUGCCCACCUCAUGUUCUGGACGGACUGGGGCCGGAACCCGACCAUCGAGCGAGCCAGCAUGGACGGGAAGCUGCGUCUCAGCAUCGUGAGCACCAAGCUGUACUGGCCCAACGGCCUCACCAUCGACUACCCAAACAGCCUGCUGUACUUUGCCGACGCAUACUUGGACUUCAUCGACUACUGCGACUACGACGGCAACCACAGGAAGCAAGUCCUGGCCAGUGAUCUGGUACUGCAACAUCCCCACGCAAUUACCAUUUUUGAGGAUUUUGUGUAUUGGACCGACAGAUACGUCAACCGAGUGAUCCGAGCCCACAAGUGGCAUGGGGAGAACCAGACAGUGAUGCUCUACAACCUGCCUCAGCCCAUGGGCCUGGUGGCAGUGCACCCAGCCCGGCAACCCGCAGGUGUUAACCACUGCGCGGGAAGCCCCUGCACUCACAUCUGCCUCCUGUCUGCUGUGGGGCCGGCCUUCUACGCCUGCGCCUGCCCCUCCGGCUGGACGCUGGCCGCCGACCACGUCACCUGUGCCCGAGUGGAAGACCCCUUCCUAGUGGUGGUGAGGGACAGCAUCAUCUACGGCAUCUCCCUGAACCCGGACGACAAGAGCAACGACGCCAUGGUCCCCGUGGCGGGCCUGCACAACGGCUACGACGUGGACUUUGACCACAGCGACCACACCGUCUACUGGGUGGAGCACCCAGGGGAGAUCCACAGAGUGAGGUCUGACGGGACCAACAGGACAGAGUUUGCCCCGGCAGCCAUCCUGGGAUCCCCUGUAGGUCUGGCCCUGGACUGGAUCUCUGAGAACCUCUACUACACCAACCCGUCCGUCCAGUCCAUCGAGGUUCUGAAGCUGAGAGGGGAGAUCCAGUACCGGAAGACCCUCAUCACAAACAACGGCCUCCCGACCGGCGCUGGCACGCCCGUCGGGAUCGCAGUGGACCCAACCCGUGGGAGGCUGUACUGGACCGACCAGGGGACGGAGAGUGGCAUCCCCUCCAAGGUGGCGGCGGCGGAGAUGGACGGCUCCAACCCCGUGGUGCUGUUCACCACCGGCCUGGAGCACGUGGAGUUCCUGACGCUGGACCUGCAGGAGAACAAGCUGUACUGGGCGGUCACCGGCACCGGCCUGAUCGAACGCGGGGACCCCGACGGCACUAACCGCAUCACCAUGGUGACGGGCCUGUCCCACCCUUGGGGCGUGGCCGUCCACGAGAACUACCUGUACUUCACCGACCGCGACUUCGAGGUGAUCGAGCGCGUGGACAAGGCCUCGGGCGGCAACAAGGUGGUGCUCAGGGACAACGUGUCGGGGCUGAGGGGGCUGAAGGUGCACCAUCGAGAGACUUCUGCGGGGACGUCCAACGGCUGCAGCAACAACGUGGGCGCGUGCGAGCAGCUCUGCCUGCCGCGGCCCGGGGGCCUGUAUAGUUGCGCCUGUGCCACGGGUUUCAAACUCAACGCCGACAACCGGACGUGCGCCCCCUACCAGUCGUACGCCGUCAUCUCCACGCUGUCGGCCAUCAAGGGCUUCAGCCUGGAAGGGGAGGACCACUCGGAGACCAUGGUGCCUGUAGCCGGGAGAGGUCGCAACGCCCUGCACAUCGACGUGCACAUGGCCUCGGGCUUCAUCUACUGGUGCGACUUCAGCAGCACCGUGGCGUCACAGAACGGCGUGCGACGCAUCAAGCCCGACGGCUCCGGGUUCGACGGGGUCGUCACCACGGGGAUCGGACGCAACGGGAUACGAGGCAUCGCCGUCGACUGGGCUUCAGGGAACCUGUACUUCACCAACGCCUUCCUGAUGGAGACCUACGUGGAGGUGCUCCACCUCAACACCACCUUCCGCCGGGUGCUGCUGAAGACCACGGUGGACAUGCCGCGCCACAUCGUGGUGGACCCCCGGAACCGCUUCCUCUUCUGGGCCGACUACGGCCAGACCCCCAAGAUCGAGCGCGCCCUCCUCGACGGCACCAACCGCACCGUGCUGGUGUCGUCCGGCAUCGUGACCCCCCGGGGGCUGGCCCUGGACCGGCAGAGCGGCUACGUGUACUGGGUGGACGACUCGCUGGACAUGAUCGCCCGCGUCAGCCCCCAGGGCGGCGACGCCGAGGUCGUCCGCUUCGGCGGCCGCUACCCCACCCCCUACGGCAUCGCCGUGUUCGAGGGCAGCAUCAUCUGGGUGGACCGCAACCUCAAGAAGGUGUUCCGCGCCAGCAAGGAGCCCGGCGCCACCGACCCGCCCGCCGUCCUCCGGGACAACGUCGACAUGCUGCGGGACGUGGCCGUCUUCGACGGGCGCGCCCAGCCCACCUCGGCCCAGCAGCUGGGCCACAACCCCUGCAUGGGGGACAACGGCGGCUGUGCCCACCUCUGCUUCGCCCUGCCGGGGUCCCCGGGGAAGAGGUGCGGCUGCGCCUUCGGGGACCUGGGCGCCGACGGCCGGGGCUGCGCCGUCUCCCGGGACGACUACCUGGUGUUCACCACCGAGGCCGCGGUGCAGAGCCUGAGGCUGGACCCCGACGACCACGCCCCGCCCUUCCCCGCCGUGGCCGUGCCCCGCACCUCCGUGGCGCUGGACUUCGACCUCACGGACCGCAGGAUCUACUUCACGCAGAGCUCCGGCGUGGGGGUCAGCAGGAUCAGCUACGUCAGCCUGGCGUCCCCCGACGCCCCGCCCGUCGUGGUGGCCUCAGACCUCGGCGCUCCGGACGGGAUCGCCUACGAUUGGAUCAACGGGAGGAUCUACUUCAGCGACUACGUCAACCAAAGCAUCAGCUCCAUGGCGGCGGACGGCUCCCAGAGGACGGUGGUCGCGCGUGUGACCCGCCCCCGCGCCAUCAUGCUAGACCCCUGCAGAGGGUACAUGUAUUGGACCGAUUGGGGGACCAACGCGAAGAUCGAGCGGGCGACGCUGGGCGGUAACUUCCGGACGGACAUCGUGAACAGCAGCCUGGUGUGGCCCAACGGCCUGACCCUGGACUACGAGGAGCUGCGGCUGUACUGGGCCGACGCCAGCCUACAGAAGAUCGAGCGCUCGUCGCUCACGGGGGACAACCGCGAGGUCAUCGUCAGCACGGCCAUCUACCCGUUCGCCAUGACCAUGUUUGACCAGCACAUCUACUGGACGGACUGGAACACGCGCAGCGUCUACCGCGCCAACAAGCACGACGGCUCGGGCCAGACGGUGAUGGUCCAGAACCUUCCGACGCGGCCGAUGGACAUCCAGGUGCUGGCCGGCAGGAAGCAGCAGCAGUGUGACAGCCCCUGUCAGCAGUUCAACGGGGGCUGCAGCCACAUCUGUACGCCAGGGCCCAACGGCGCCGAGUGCCAGUGCCCGUCCGAGGGCCGCUGGUACCUGGCCGACAACAAGCACUGUAUCCCUGACAACGGGACGCACUGCCUGGCCGGUCAGUUCGCCUGCAUGAACGGCCGCUGCAUCCGCGCCCAGUGGAAGUGUGACAACGACAACGACUGCGGCGACGGCAGCGACGAGCUGGAGAGAGUCUGUGCGUUCCACACCUGCGAGCCCACGGUGUUCACCUGCGCUAACGGCCGCUGCGUGCCGUACCACUACCGCUGCGACCACUACGACGACUGCGGCGACGGCAGCGACGAGACGGCGUGCCAGUUCAGGCCCUGCAGCGCCGACACCGAGUUCGCCUGCAACAACGGCCGCUGCGUCUCCCACGACUUUGUGUGCAACGGCGUCAACAACUGCUACGACAACGGCAGCUCGGACGAGCAGAACUGCCCCGAUAGGACCUGUCCCCCUGACCACACCAAGUGUGAGACCACCAACAUCUGCAUCCCGCGCUCCUACCUGUGUGACGGGGACAACGACUGUGGGGACAUGAGCGACGAGAGCACCACACACUGUAUUACGUCCACCUGCUCGGGGACUGAGUUCCGGUGUGAGGGCGGCCGCUGCAUCCCGUCCCACUGGUACUGCGACGGGGGGAGGGACUGUGCAGACGGCUCGGAUGAACCCUCCUCCUGCACCACGCUGGUGCGGACCUGCAGCCCGGAGCAGUUCCGCUGUGACGACGGCCGCUGCAUCGCCGCCUCCUGGAUCUGCGACGGAGACAACGACUGCGGGGACCUGAGCGACGAGGACCAGAGGCACAACUGUGUGAACCGCAGCUGCACCCAGACGGAGUUCAGCUGCGUGAACAACCGUCCGCCGCAGCGCCCGUGCGUGCCGCGGGACUGGGUGUGCGACGGCGAGGCGGACUGCGGCGACGCGCUGGACGAGCACCAGAACUGCACGCGGCGCGACUGCGGCGAGGACGAGUUCGGCUGCACCAACGGCCUCUGCAUCCGCAGCUCCUACAGGUGCGACCGGCGCAACGACUGCGGCGACGGCAGCGACGAGCGCGCCUGCACCUACCAGCCCUGCCAGCAGGGCCAGUUCACCUGCCAGAACGGCCGCUGCGUCGCCCACGACUUCCUGUGCGACGGGGACAACGACUGCGGCGACGCGUCGGACGAGCUGGAGCACCUGUGCCGCACGCCGGCGCCCACCUGCCCCCCCGGGAGCUUCGGCUGCGAGAACGGCCACUGCGUCCCCCUGAGCGCCGUGUGCGACCGCCGCGACGACUGCUCCGACAACAGCGACGAGAAGGGCUGCGGCGUCGACGAGUGCACCGACCCCGGCGUCCACCACUGCGACCACAACUGCACGGACACGCCCACCAGCUUCCUGUGCGCCUGUCGCCACGGCUACCGCCUCAUGUCGGACCGCCGGUCGUGCGACGACGUGGACGAGUGCGCCGAGACGCCGGGCGUGUGCGGCCAGCGGUGCGAGAACACGCUGGGCGCCUACGUGUGCAAGUGCGCGCCGGGCUACCUGCGCGAGCCCGACGGCCGCACCUGCCGCCAGAACAGCGACGUCGCCCCCUACCUGGUCUUCAGCAACCGCUACUACCUGAGGAACCUGUCGACGGACGGGGGGGCCUACUCCCUGAUCCUGCAGGGGCUGAGCAGCGCGGUGGCGCUGGACUACGACCGCGUGGAGCGCCGGCUGUACUGGGUGGACGUGACCCGCCGGGUGAUCGAGAGGAUGCACUUCGACGGCAGCGGGCGCGAGGCGGUGGUCAGCGGGGUGGUGCACGGGGAGGGGCUGGCGGUGGACUGGGUUGGCCGGAAGCUGUACUGGCUGGACAGCGUGCUGGACUGCCUGCAGGUGUCGGAGCUGGACGGGCGCUUCGUGAAGCGGCUGGCGGAGCACUGCGUGGACGACAACAACACGUGGUGCUUCGAGAACCCGCGCGCCCUCGCACUGCACCCCCGAUACGGCUACGUGUUCUGGACCGACUGGGGCAGAAAGGCGUUCAUCGGUCGCGUGGGGAUGGACGGCACGGACAAGGCGGCCGUCAUCACCACUAAGAUCGAGUGGCCCAACGGCCUGACCAUCGACUACACCAACGACAUGCUGUACUGGUCCGACGCUCACCUCAACUACAUCGAGUACUCGGACCUGCAGGGCCGGCACCGCCACACGGUGUACGACGGCAUCCUGCCCCACCCCUUCGCCCUGACGGUGUUCGAGGAGACGGUGUACUGGACGGACUGGAACACCCGCACGGUGGAGAAGGGCAACAAGUACGACGGCUCCGGGCGGCAGACGCUGGUCAACACCACCCACCGGCCCUUCGACAUCCACGUGUGCCACCCCUACCGGCAGCCCAUUGUGACCAAUCCCUGCGCGGUAAACAACGGCGGCUGCUCGCACCUGUGUCUGAUCGGCAGCGGGGGGCGGAGCCACACCUGCGAGUGCCCGGACCACUUCCUGGCCAUGCAGAUAGGGGGCGUGGCCCGCUGUCUGCCCAUGUGCAGCAGCACCCAGUACAGAUGUGCUGACAACGAGCGGUGUGUCCCCAUCUGGUGGCGGUGUGACGGCCAGAGGGACUGCAGGGACGGGUCCGACGAGCCGUCCACCUGCCCCAGCCGCCACUGCAGACUGGGGCAGUUCCAGUGCAGCGACGGGAACUGCACCAGCUCCCACUACCUGUGCAACACCAACCAGGACUGCCCCGACGGCUCUGACGAGGACCCCGUGUUGUGUGCCACCCACCAGUGCGAGGGCCACCAGUGGCAGUGCGGUAACAAGCGCUGCGUCCCGGAGGCGUGGCAGUGCGACGGCGAGGACGACUGCGGCGACGGGUCGGAUGAGGAGCCCGCCCACUGCGCCAGCAGGACCUGCCGGCCCGGGCAGUUCAAGUGCCUCAACGGGCGCUGCGUCCCGCAGAGCUGGCGCUGCGACGCCGACGACGACUGCGGGGACAACUCGGACGAGCCGCUGGAGGAGUGCAUGGGUCCCGCCUAUCGCUGUGACAACCACACGGAGUUCGACUGCCGGACCAACUACCGCUGUGUGCCGCUGUGGGCCGUGUGCAACGGGCACGACGACUGCCGGGACGCCAGCGACGAGCAGGGCUGUGACGAGAUGACCUGUGACCCUCUCGGAGACUUCCGCUGUGACAACCACCAGUGCUUGCCUCUCCGGUGGAGGUGUGACGGAGCCGAUGACUGCGGGGACAACUCGGACGAGCAUGGCUGCACCCCGCGCGUGUGCACGGAGAGCGAGUUCCGUUGUGAUAAUCUGCACUGCAUUCCCAACCGCUGGGUCUGCGACCAUGACAACGACUGCGAGGACAACUCGGAUGAAAGGGACUGCGAGCUGAGGACCUGCCAGCCCGGCUACUUCCAGUGCGGCAGCGGCCACUGCGUUGCCGAGCGCUUCAAGUGCGACGGGAACGCGGACUGCGUGGACUACACCGACGAGAGCGGCUGUCCGACACGCUUCCCCAACGGCACCUACUGCCCGCCCUUCCUGUUCGAGUGCCAGAACCACGUGUGCGUCCAGAACCACUGGAAGUGUGACGGAGACGACGACUGUGGAGACAACUCAGACGAGGAGCUGCACCUGUGCUUGGACAUCCCGUGUGAAGGGGCCUUCCGGUUCCGCUGCGACAACAACCGCUGUGUGUACAGCCACGAGCUCUGCAACACAGUGGACGACUGCGGCGACGGCAGCGACGAGAAGCCGGAGAACUGCCGGGAGCCCACCCGCGGGCCGUGCUCGGAGGACCAGUACAAGUGCGGGAACGGCCAGUGCGUCCCCCAGCAGUACGUGUGUGAUGACUACGAUGACUGUGGUGACCAAUCAGACGAGCUGGGCUGCGUCAACGGCAGCGCCCGCUCCUGCUCUGAGGACCUCUGUGAGCACAACUGCACCGACGUGACGGGCGGGGGCUUCCUGUGCUCCUGCAGACCCGGGUACCAAUCCUCCCCCUCCGACCGGAACACCUGCCAAGACGUGGAUGAGUGUGCGGUGUUCGGGACGUGCCCCCAGGCCUGCAGCAACACCAAGGGGAGCUACGGCUGCUUCUGUGCCCCGGGGUUCACCUCGGUGGGGCUGCCCCACGGCCAGGAGUGCGCCGCUCAAGGAAACCCUCCGGUGCUGCUGCUGCCCGACAACGUCCGCAUCCGGCGCUUCAACCUGUCCUCGGAGCAGUACUCGGACUACCUGGACAACGCAGAGCACAUCCAGGCCCUGGACUACCUGUGGGACCCCCAGGGGGAGGGACUGAGCGUGGUGUACUGGACGGUGCGGGGCCGCGGCACCCAGUUUGGCUCCAUCAAGCGGGCCUCCAUGACCACCUUCAGCGACGACGGGAACAACCCCGUGAAGGAGGUGGACCUGAACCUGCGCUACGUGACCGACCCCGAGGGCCUGGCCGUGGACUGGAUCACUGGACACAUUUACUGGACGGACGCGGGGACCAAUCGGAUCGAAGUGGCCGAGUUAGACGGCCGCUACAGGAAGUGGCUGAUCUAUACCGACCUCGACCAGCCGGCCGCCAUCGUGGUCAAUCCUUCACUCGGCACCAUGUACUGGACAGACUGGGGCCGGAGACCCAAGAUCGAGUCUGCCUGGAUGGACGGCCGGCACCGGCAGACCCUGCUGGAGGGGGACCUGGGCUGGCCCACCGGCCUCACCGUGGACUACCUGAACGGGGACCGGCUCUACUGGUGCGACUCCAAGGAGAACGUCAUCGGCUCCAUGAGGCCGGACGGCGCCGACAGGAAGGUCCUCGUUUCAGGAGACAUCGGGAACCCGUACAGCCUGGACGUGUUCGAGGGCAACGUCUACUGGACCACCAAGGAGCGGGGCGAGGUGUGGAAGAUGGACAAGUUUGGGAGCGGGAACAAAGUCAAGGUUCUGACCAUCAACCCCUGGCUCACCCAGGUCCGCAUCUACCAGGAGCACCGGCACAACCACUCAGUGGUGAACCCGUGCAGGGACACGUGCAGCCACCUGUGUCUGCUGCGUCCGGGCGGCUUCACCUGUGCCUGUCCUGAGGGCUCCUCCAUGUCCGUCUCCGACCCCACCAAGUGCGACGCAGCCACCGUGCCUCCGGUCCCGAUGCCGCCGGCCUGCCGCUGCAGGAACGGGGGGACGUGCUUCACCGUCGAGGGGGGGCUACCCACGUGCAAAUGUCCGCCUGGCUACACCGGCAACAACUGUGACCUGGGGAAGUCUCGGGCGGCCCCUGCGGGAACAGCUACCGCCGUGCUGCUGACUGUUAUCGUCAUCGUGGCGUCCGGUGGCUUGGUCGCUGGACUCUUCCUCAACUACAAGCGAACCGGCUCCCUCAUGCCCCCCAUGCCCAAGUUACCAAGCCUGAGCAGCCUGGUGAAGUCCGGCGACACGGGCAACGGCGUGACGUUCCGGUCGGGCGACAACGUGAACCUGGGGCCCUCCAACCUGGGAGUGUCCUUCAUCGACACCGCCAUGCAGAUGGAUGAGAACUUCGCCAUGGAGGCGGGGGGGAAGCCAAUCACGUUCGAGAACCCCCUGUACGCCACGCCGCCUGGACUGUCCGGGGAUCCCGCCGUCAUUCACGCCACACAGGUGACCGUCAACAUAAGCGGAGAGCAGCUGGCAAACAACUUUGCGAACCCCGCCUUCAACAUAGACCAGGGGGCAGCGGUGGUGAAGACCACCCAUGCAAGCGACCCAUCGGAUCCGGAGUCCAAGUGGAGCUUCUUCAAAAGAAAGUUGAAGCCAAGCACGACUUUUGAAAAUCCAGGCUAUUCCGAGAUGAAGGAUGAUAAAGGGCCUUCAGACAGCAGUGUGGGCGAAGCCAGUACAUCAGAGCCGUCCCCGUUCGCUCCUCCCGUCAAGCCCCAGAAGAAGGAUCGUUCCACCGCCUUCUCCCCAACAGAAGACACUUUCAAAGACACGGCAAACCUCGUCAAAGAGGACAGCGAAGCCUAGACCCCUUCGAGAUUACAAACACACACUUUGCACAGAAUUUAUUUUUUUAUGCAGCCUGUGUACAAACCUCCGAUAUGUAGAGAUUAAGAGACGUACGAUGGAUCGUUUCGGAUAUAUAUACGAUCUAUGAUAUAUAGAUUGUUUAAGAGAUCUAUACACACACACACACGUAUAGCAUACAUCAAAGGAGUCGUUUUUUUUGACAAUGCCUUCCGAAAGUCUCUCACGCCAAUUGUUUGAGUGAUUACAUUUUUUAAUUUUGAUGUACUAUAUGUAUAUCUUUGCACUGACGCUGCUUAUAGAAAUGUUUUUGAAUAUGUUGUAUAUUUGUAAAUUUGAAAAAGUAAGAUUCUGUCAAUAUCUGGCAUUUUGAAAUAGAUGAUCUUCUGAAUAAAGCUACACCAGCAAAA